GCUCUUUAUAAACAUGGCCGUUAAGUCCUUCACAGCAUCAGGUAUUACGUUUGGCUGAAUUUGUUGGACUUUCAGGAAGUCACUGAGGGAAACUAAGGCAGUAACAGGUGGAAAGAAAAUGUAGACUCAAAACGUACGCCUUUAAGUUGCAUUUAUUGUUUUAUUCACUCGUGUUUACGACGUCGGUAAACUUCAUGUUGUACUUUAUGCUAGCUAGCUAGCGAAGCUAACGCCGACGUUUCAACGUUAACUUCUGUCAACUUUUUCAGCCAGCUAGCGUGAACUGCUACUCGUAUGCUUAUCGAAAUGGAGGAGUCCCGUCGCUGGCCCAGGCUAUCUCGAUGAAUAUUUCACAUUUGGUCGUGUUGGAUCUAUUGAGCAAAAGAUUGACCUGAACUUUAUUGGAGGCAGCAUUUGGGUAUUUUUUUCACUGGCAGAAGCCAAGCGCUUACUUGUCAAGCGCCUGUUUAGAAACAUAUUUGAGAGGGCGGACAAUAAACAAUGUUUCCUGUCAAACCCCCGAAACCAACCUUCAAGUGCUAUCUUCCUCCUGUACAGACUGAUGUGAAGAAAACUAUUGAACAACCUAUUAAAAAAUUGGAGCCUACGUUACUGCAAGGGGAGAUCGUAGUUAAUGAGGUGAACUUUGUGAGGAAAUGCAUCAGUGCUGAAAGCAGCCAGGAUGACCUUUGGGGGAAGUUGAUAUGCACCAACUUUAAGGUCUCUUUCAUCCCUCAAGAUGCCCCAACAAAGCAGAAAUCCAAGUUGUCACACCUCCUGCUGGGAGAUCACGACAUCCCCCUCACCUGUCUGGAGCAAGUAGUAACAGUAAAUGAUACUAAGGGAAAGAAGAAAGUAUUGGGCUCAAACCAAAAGCUGAAGUUCAACCCCACAGAGCUCAUCCUGUACUGCAAGGACCUACGCAUCAUUAGGUUUUGCUUUGAUGAAGCUGGACCUGAGAGCGCCAAAAAGGUUUGCCUUGCUAUUGCCCACUACUCUCAUCCAGCUGACCUUCAUUUGCUCUUUGGCUUUGAGUAUCAAGGACGGAGAUACCAUGAAUCUAAAGGAGAGCGAGUUAAUGGUUCCAACCUUCAAGGUGGAUUACAAACCCCAAAUUUUGACCGUCCAUCAGACUGGGAUCGUGAGAUCAAGAGGACAGGCGCGUCAGAGUGGAGGGUGUGCUCCAUCAAUGAGAGUUAUGCCAUCUCACAAAGCCUCCCAGAGUACAACGUUGUUCCAGUUUCUCUGGCAGAUCAGGAUCUGAAGCAGUACUCGAUAUUCCUCCAUGACAGUCGCAUUCCUCGUUGGUGUUGGAAUCACUCAAACGGGAGUGCUCUUGUACGCAUGGCCAGCAUCAGUGAUCCAAUCCAGCAGAGGAAGAUUGAUCAGAGAGUUUUCACUGCCGUCACAAAAAGCCACCCGCAGCGUGGUGAAGUCAUCAGGUUAGAUCUGGACAAGUGUCUUCCCAACAUCCAGGACAUUCAGAGUGCCUUUGUGAGGGUCAGGCAGAUCUGUGUCAUAGAACCUUUUGAGGAGUCUGAGGAGAGGUGGUUUUCAGCUAUUGAAAACUCUCGAUGGCUGGAGCAUGUCAGAGCUUUCCUGAAGCACUCAGCUGAGAUCGUCUACCACCUGGAUGGAAAGAAUGUUUCAGUCAUUCUUCAAGAGGAAGAGGAUAGAGACCUGAACUGUGUGGUGUCCUCCCUGGUGCAGCUCAUGUUGGACCCUCAUUAUCGCAGCAUUGUUGGCUUCCAGAGUUUGGUUCAGAAGGAGUGGGUGAUGGCUGGCCAUCGCUUCUUGGACAGAUGUAACCACUUGAAGAAGAGCGAGAAAGAAGAGUCUCCACUGUUCAUGUUGUUCCUGGACUGUGUGUGGCAGAUGAUGAACCAGUACCCAGCAGCAUUUGAGUUCACAGAGGCCUAUCUGACAGUGCUGAGUGACAGCAUGUGGAUUCCACUCUUCAGUACUUUCCUCUUCAAUUCUCCCAAACAGCGUGCUAAGCACUUGGCGGACUUUGCCAAGAAUAAAGCCAUCCCACAAGGAGAAGACCCUGCUGUGUAUUUCCCUCCUGUUUGGGACUGGUCACAGCAGUUCUCCACCAAAGACCAAACCCUCUUUAACAACCCCAUGUAUGUAGGCAAAGGAGCUGCCUGUGUGCAGAAUGGGGAAGUGAAAACCUUCAGACGCACGAAGCAGAAAUCCUACAGCUCCACAUUACGUGGACAGUCUACAUCUGUUCGUAAUGGGGUGAAGGGUGGAGAGGACACAUUGACUCGUCGGGGCUCUCUGGUAUCAGAGCUGAGGUCUGACUUCUCCCCAGUGAAAGAUGAAAGCCCAUCAGAGCGCUUCUUCAGGGACUGGUUCUCCCGACCCGCAGACCAGCAGGGUGUCCUCAUUCCCCUCUUCAUGCCCUCACACAUGGCUCUCUGGAAGCUCUUCUUCUUACGCUGGGUCCCCGAGGCCUGCAUUCCCAAAGGAGGUCCCAUCACUGCCUACCACAAGCUCUCCCAACUGGUGGACGAGAUUGAGAUACUGCAGAACCAGCUUAGGCGGUACAAGGGACCCAGUCCAGGUGGCACGCCACUCCCCAGCCCAAGUGGGCCCCUUUCAGAUCAAAGGAGGAUGUAUUUUAAGGCCAGCUCCCCACAUGACCCCCCUACACCACCAGACUUCCUCACCUCCUCCUUUCCUUUCUCCCCAAUGGGAAACCUGUGCCGCCGCGGUAUCCACGGGACUCCGAUUAGCAAAUUUCUGAAUGGGGCAAGAAUCUGGCUCUCCACAGAGACUCUUGUCAAUGAUGCUAUCUGAGGGGCUUUAGGGCUUAAUAUUCUGAGCUCAGUACAGGUCUGUGUAAAAGUUAACCAUCCUAUUUUCUAUGACCUCAGUCUUAAAUACAAGGAAGGAAUAUGAGAAAUAGAAAAUUUAACUCUUAACUUCUGAUUUUCAAUCACUAUAAGCUAGAAUUUACACCAUUGAUGCUGCAUCAACAUUUGUGGUAAUUUCUAGACCGAGGUCUUAUCUAAUUUGAUUAGGAAACAUUGUCCACUAAAGUAAACACAAUUGGAUUAACUGAAGCACAUCUUUCUUAUUGGCCAGUGAGUUGUUACUGUGAGGUCUCCUCUGACUGUGAAAUAUACCUUAUACAUUUUUUUUUUCAUCGAUGUGUUUUCUUGUCUACUCAGCUUUGGUCUUUCUCAAGGCUAAGAAACCUUUUCUAGUGCUGAGCAUAUCAUACAACAAAGUGCUUUUAGAGUUUUAAUUAUUGAACUCCCUCUCCAACAUUUAACCGUACUUGAACUCGUGCAAUUUUUAAAUUCCAGUAAGUGAAUGGUAGAACUUAAAAUGAGAAAUUACCCAUUUCUUAUUGCAGCAACAAUGGUGCAACUCACCUAACACUGAUUUCAAAGAACUCAGUUUAUCUGUACCUUCCCAGAAGUGUAAUUUAAUAUAUUCUCUAUUUUAAUUUCAAAAGAGGAACAGAAAAUAACAUUUAUAACGAGUAUUUUUCUAUGUGGUAAAAAAAAGAAUAGGAACUGGCCUGGUUGAAUGUAAUGAGGCUUUUUUUUUGCACAAACUUAAUGCUAUUUGCUUGAGGUGCCCACUGUUUAUGGUUGUGUUGGGGUUUCACUGUAAGUAGCAAAUUGUUUGAUUCAGGGUCCUAAUUCUCAUAAAGCAGGUAAUACUUCUGAGGGAAAGUGGAGCUGUGAGGGCUUAAAACUGUGGUAGAUAUUUCCUCUUUUUUAUGAAGGGGGUUUUUAUUAAACUCUUUUAGAUGCCUUCUGGUAAGGUGCUGAGGAGAAACUUUUCAGCUUUAUGGAAGCCUAAUGACUAUAAAUAAAAGUAAAGGGACAUAUAAGGGCUUUGACUUAAACCAGGCUCUAGAUUAGGAUGUUGUGAACUGCAUUUCUGGCAUUAAGGUUGCUUAUCCAAUAAGCAGGACAGUGACGGGUGAAUGACAGGUGACACAGUGUCAAAGCAGCACAUAUGAAAGAAUUGGAAAUAAAUCACUUGGUUUGCAAAUUUUAUAAGUGGACCAGGUGAUUAAUUGGAUGUUUCAGUCCUCCAAUUUACAUAGGAAAAUCAUUAAAAGAACAAACAUUAAUGGUAUAAGGCUUUGUUAUAAGCAAAGAGAACUGUAUGUAACUCUGACAGCACUUUUUUGAUCUUUGUCCUUCAUUAAGAGGCAGCAAGAAGCAUUACUUUCCUACUUUCAGUUGGGUUAGUGAUUGAAAGAUAAGUGUUCAAACUUUUGAUGCUUUCAGAAUUUUCUAGUGAGCUGAACUGUCUGUGCUGCAAAGGCUCUGUGGCAUUUGGACACCCUUAAAAGUAUCUGCCUGAGGAGUUUACAACCUGCUGAACUAGAGAAUGGUUUGAGAGACGUUGGGCGUAAUGAAUCUGUCUUCCGGUGCCUCUUUAUGACUGGUAUGCAAACAAGCGCUGUGUUAUAGUGUCUUAAAAUAACUGUUUGGCAUUUAUUUUUAAUUUAACACCACUGGACAGAGUCGAUGUCUGUCCUGUUCAACAGGAGCAUUAAUUCUGGGAUGCUAGAAUGAGCAGUUUUCUCAUGUUAUUCAGAUCAAUGAUUGAUUCUUUGGCAAUAACUAGUUCAGGUUUCUUCUGGUAUAGAUGUCUAUAGAUUGAGUGCAGAACCUGCUCUCUCAAAUGCUAAUAGUUGCACAUUUUACUCAAUAUAUAGGAUAGUUUGUUUAAGGUGGUUGUCAGAUAUAAUUUUGGCGAAUAUUAUAAUACUGUAUAUGCUUGAAAUCUUCCAAUUAAUAUUUUUGAAAAUGGUACUAAAUAACUUUGAUUUAGUCUUUAUAUUUUCUGGAGAGAUAUUUAUAUGCUUAGUGUUUCCACUAAUGAACAUUGUUGCACUCUGCUGUAAUUGUAUGAUGACCGUGUUUCCACUGUGACACAGUUUGAUCUUUGUUAUCAGCAGACGUAUUUAUUCACUUAUGCAAAUGUUCUCUAAGAGGGAUGCAUUUUUCUACUGUACAUCCCCUGUGCCUUUUUGGGAAGAUUGACCAUUUUUGUAACUGUAUUCGAUACCUGUUGACUUUUAUUAGUUUUUCUAAAACUGUUGAUUUAACUAUUCUUUUCAACUAGUUUAAUUCAGAGGUCCUGCACUGAAGCUGCUUUUCCUAACAGAAAAUAAGGCUCAACUAUGUAUCAUUGACUAAUCAUUACAUUAUUUUUCAAUUGAAUCUGUGUUCCGGUUUUAUUUGACCUGCAUCUGUUUCAUGAAAAAAUCAUGUCUUUGAGAAUCCACUGGUAAUUUUGUCCAAUGAAUUCUGCCAUUUUAUUACACAAUCCCCAUAUAUCACAACCCCUGAUCAAUUUUAGGGGACAGGUAAAAGAUCCUGCUAAUUAAGAAAAGGGUGGUUUACAUUUUCACUGUUGUUCUCUGUGUGAAGACACUAUUUUUUCAGUCAUCCUCAUAUUGUAUAACUGUAGCCCUUGUGCGUAUAGAAUAUGUGAUUAUAAAUAGAGUUGUCUCAAUGAAAUAGACAACACAACUGCAUUUCACCUGCCAAAUACCAGCCAUAUUUGUGAGGAGAUAUUAGGACUCACAAUGACAAAGGCUUUGGGGAGCUUUGUGUCAAGCAAAAUUAAAUCCAAUAAAUCCCAACAAAUAAUAAAAUUGUUGGAUUGUCAUAAAACUCUCAAGGGGUAUCCCAUAAGAGAGAUAAUAAAAAAGUACAGUUUUUUUGGUGUUGAUAUUUGAACUGCGUCAAAAAUUAAAAGGUAGUAAUGAAACAA